UUGUUUCAAGAGUACUUUAGUGAGAUAUAUGGAAGAGAUGGGUUCACAAUCCGACCCAUCCUGCUGCGACCAAAGAGUCGAGGAACCAUCACCCUCAGGUCUACGGACGUACAUGAACAACCAAACAUUGAUCCUCAACUUCUGUCACAUCCAGAUGAUGUCAGAACUCUUGUCAAGGGCAUAAGGUUUAGUAUGGCACUGACGAACACUUCACUCUUCAUCAACAAAUAUGGAGCCCACUUCUAUGAUAAGCCUCUUCCUCAGUGUGCUCAUACAGUAUUUGGUUCUGAUGCCUACUGGGUUUGUUAUGUACGUCACAUGUCCACUACCUUCUAUCAUCUUGCUGGCAGCUGUAAGAUGGCACCAGCCUCCGAUCCUUAUGGUGUGGUGGAUCAUAGACUGAGGGUUCGGGGACUGAAAGGAUUCCGAGUGGUGGAUGCCUCUAUUAUGCCUUUUGUCACCAGCGGCAAUACUAAUGCCCCGACUAUUAUGAUUGCUGAAAAGGCCAGUGACAUGAUCAAGGAAGAGUGGAAGAUUUUGGAAGGGCAUAUAUAACACCGGAACUGAGAGCCAAAAUUUUUAUGAAGAUAAAACUAUCAUGCUAAUCAAGAAUUGCAGGAAAAUUCAAGCAUACCCAAGUUUAUCAAGCAAUUCUAUAAGAACCAUUGUGUCUUAAUCUCAUCAAGCAGAACCACCAAAGAAGCCUCACCUACUGAAUUUAAAAAUAGAGAACUGCAGCAUGCCUACUGGCCCAUACAAGGCAUGUCGUUACUGAAACCACAUAUUCCCACCCACGUAUUGAUACAACAGCAGAAUACCUAGACAAAGAUAACCUCAGAAAGUAACAGACAUGUGACUGUACCAAACUAGUCUCAUCAAGCAACACUGAUAGGUAAUAAUGGUAGAAUUACCAACAAAAUGUUAGGGUAAUGGAUACACAUGAAACUAAUGUUACAUUAUAUUGUGACAAUGUUUUGCCACAAUAUAAUCUCACAUUAGUUGCAUCUGUGUACGUUUACCUAACAACACUGGAAAGGUCUAGCAGACCUGACUUCAUUCAGAAAUAUCUGUAAUAGAAGUCAUAUACUAUAUGUACCAUAUAUCUUAUCUAGGAAGUUUUCACUAAGUUGUUAUACACUCAGGUGAUAACUUCUCUUAUAAGAAAUGUGAAUCUAAUGUUAACUUUGUUGUUGCUGGUAGUAAUUGUGGAUCACCGUAAAACCGAGACUUAAGUUAGUUUAAUAUGUUUAUUAUGCACCCCAUACCCAUCCUGUGGGCGGUAGUCAAAAGAUUACAGAGGUACAUAAUUGGUCCAGGGACUGGACUCCAAAGUUUUGAUAGCUGAGCAAGUUACAAAGGUAAUGAACUAGAUCUGGUCAUAAUCAUGACCAAGUUACAAAGGUAAUGAACUAGAUCUGGUCAUAAUCAUGACCAAGUUACAAAGGUAAUGAGCUCCAGGUAGAGCUGGUCACACUCAUGAAUAAUUGCAAAGGUAAUGAAUCAUAAACACAUUAAUCAUGAGAAUUUACAAAGGUAAUGAGCUCCAGGUAGAGCUGGUCACAAUCAUGACAAGUUUCAAAGGUAAUGAAUGAUAAACACGUUAUCACAUGAUUACAAUCAUAGACAAAUUACAGAGUAAUGAGCAGUAAACAAACAUAGCAGGGAAUUCAUCCAAUGCCCCAACAACAGAUGUUGCUAGGUGCCUGUCUCUCCUCGGUAGACAGCCAUUGCAAACAGCAGCAAGUUGCCCAGGGAUCUGCUGCUUGCACAAGCACCAUCGACCCUCCCCAAGAGGUCCAAGAAGCCAGUGACUCCGUUAGCAGCCCGAUGGAGAGCUGUCCUAGGGACAUGUCAGCGUCCUGGUGGACGCCAAGUUGAUUGAAGAUCCCAGGCCCUCGUGUGUACGGAUGUUGAAGCUUGAGGAACUGAGUACACACUGCCUGUGGCACACCUGCAACCACAAAUAGGUGAGUACUUAAGCAAGUGUAAAAAUAUAAAAGCUGUCAGACUGCAUAAGACCUUACAAUUAACAUGUCAGAUUAAAUGAUCAGGGAACUUAAAUCAUGAAGCUGAAAUACUCUGAUCAAAUUAAGCUAAUGCAGUAAUGUAAAACAGUACAUAUGCAUAUUUUUUUUUUCAACAAACCGGCCGUAUCCCACCAAGGAAGGGUGGCCCAAAAAGAAAAACGAAAGUUUCUCUUUUUAAAUUUAGUAAUUUAUACAGGAGAAGGGGUUACUAGGCCCUUGCUCCCGGCAUUUUAGUUGCCUCUUAAAACACGCAUGGCUUACAGAGGAAGAAUUCUGUUCCACUUCCCCAUGGAGAACAUAUACAUAUGUGUAUGCAUAAUACUUUUUUUUUUCAAGUUGGCCAUCUCCCACCGAGGCAGGGUGACCCAAAAAGAAAGAAAAUCCCCAAAAAGAAAAUACUUUCAUCAUCAUUCAACACUUUCAUCUCACUUAUACAUAAUCACUUUUUGCAGAGGUACCCAGAUACAACAGUUUAGAAGCAUAUAUAAAAAUAUAUAACAUAUCCCUCCAAACUGCCAAUAUGUAUUUAUUACAAAUAUUUAUUACAAAUAUUUAUUAUUUAUUCUUGUACAUCACUACUGUGUUAAGCAUAAACUGCUACACAUAAAAAAAGGUUUUUAACACUCUGGUUGUCUUCCACUGAGGUAGGGUGACUUGAUAAAGAAGAAAACACUUUCACGAUCACUCAGUCACUGUCUUGCCAGAAGUGCACUGACAUUAUAUAGCUCAGAUGUCCCUCCAAACCACAACUUCCUCACACCUUCAUAGUACAGGCACUGUACCUCCCACCUCCAUGACUCAAGUUCAGUUAGCUGGAGAAUAAAAAAACACUUCUAAAAUUUCUAGUUUGCCAGGCUAAGAUUUUUGGAUUUUUAACCUAGAGAGUUAGCCACCCAAGAUAACCCAAGAAAGUCAGUGAGUCAUCAAGGACUGUCUGUCUUAUUUUCAUUGGAGUCCUUCAGUCUUGUCCCCCAGGAUGCCAUCCACACCAAUCAACUAACACCCUGGUACCUACUUACUUGCUAGGUGAACGGGGACUUCGGGUGUAAGAAAACAUGCCCAGUGUUUCCACCCAGCCGAAAUCAAACCACAGACACUCAGUGUGAGAGACUAGAGCAUUGCCUACCGGACCACGGGAUUGAGAAUUACAGACACACUAAGCAUAACAGAGAUGAUCUCAUACAAUAACGAUAUCAAACUAGAUACUAAGAGUGACACAUAUAUGGAACAACAACUUCAAACUUGCCAAAUUGCAACUUAGGAUGGGGACAACAGGACAUUUAUCAUAUACCAGACCCUUCAAGUGAAGAUUGAUGGACUGAACACAUCGACUCAAGGUUGAGGGACUGAUUACCUCAUUCUCCUCCUGUUCUUCAAGUUUCUCCUACGUAUGGACUGAUGAAGCCACUGUGUGGCGAAACGUUUCCUCAAUAAAGAUACCCAAAAGUUGCACAUGUGUCUAAUUUAUCAACAUGUCGGUUCUCUGAACCAUUCAUCUACAAAACUCUUAACUAUCUUGCUGAUGACCUGCUCCUGCCCAGGUUUGAUGUACUUCCUAAAAUACCCCACAUGUUAGUGGCUUUCUUUUCUACUUAACAGUAUUUUAAUCAAAAUAAAAAAAUCAAAAAUCAAAAUUUCUGUUUCCUUGUAAAGCUUACAAUGUGUGGUUUAUAUGUUAUAAAAUAUUAAUUACAAAGAAGGCCACUAACAUGCCUAGGCAUUUCAGGCAGACUAAUACCUGGAGUUUACCUGGAGAGAGUUCCGGGGGUCAACGCCCCCGCGGCCCGGUCUGUGACCAGGCCUCCUGGUGGAUCAGAGCCUGAUCAACCAGGCUGUUGCUGCUGGCUGCACGCAAACCAACGUACGAGCCACACUAUUACUCUAUAUUGAUAUAGGUACAAUUGAAUAUACUGUAUUAGAUACAUACAUAAUUACAUACAUGUAGACUACAUUUUGUACACUGCAGAAAAAAAUAAAACUAUCGUUGAUGAGUUUGGAGAGUCUUUCUACUGUCUCAGAGCCCGGCUAUGUCACUCAUUAUGUAAAAUGGAAGGACACGAUAUUGGCCAUUACCUUCCUAUCCACACCAAGGUCAUCCAAGUUAGAAGAUAAUAAAUUUUGGUUGUAUAAAAAUAAAAUAUGAAAUAUCAGAUAUUUAUUCUUGAGACUUUCAAGUGAACUAUGUUACAUAAGUAGGCCAUAAUUCAUGCAAAGUAUAAAUUAGGUAAGACCAAACUGCAUAAAAAAUAUAGUAUAUUACAUAAAUUAACUGGAAAAUUCCCAUUAUUGUCCCACUUGAAUCUUACUUUUUCCUGAAUGUCUAACCAGUAAAAGUUUGUUCUGGAACAUGUCAUCAAAGUUAUCCUCUAUAUUGGCUGUGUUAACCAAGAGAUAAGAUAAGAUAAGAUUUCGUUCGGAUUUUUAACCCCGGAGGGUUAGCCACCCAGGAUAACCCAAGAAAGUCAGUGCGUCAUCGAGGACUGUCUAACUUAUUUCCAUUGUGGUCCUUAAUCUUGUCCCCCAGGAUGCGACCCACACCAGUCGACUAACACCCAGGUACCUAUUUGCUGCUAGGUGAACAGGACAAUAGGUGUAAGGAAACGUGUCGAAAUUUCCACCCGCCGGGACUCGAACCCGGGCCCUCCGUGUGUGAAGCGGGAGCUUUAGCCACGUUGUAAAAUAUCAUAUAGAUUAAUGUAGCUAGACAGUGCAGUGUAACUAUGGAUUAUUAUUAUUAUUAUAAAACCAAGUCCUAAACCCAUAGGGUCAGCGUAACUUUGGAAAUUUUGUAAAUCAAGAUCAUCCUCUAGUAAACAUAACUGUAGACUACAUAGUCUUAAUAUUUAAAUCACAGAGCCUGGGUUCUGAAUCCAAGGCAAGUGAGUCUAAGACUCCAGGUCAGUGGUUAACGCACUGGCCUGGAGUUUUAUGACUCGCUUGCCAUGGGUUCAAGCCACAGCCGGUCCGGGGUUUGUUUGCAUUCAUGCUAUUACAGUUUCGUGAGUUAAAAUAAUACAGUAAGCACUAAACCCAAAAGUCAUACAGCAGAGAAGAUUUAAUUUUAUUAUAACUUAUUUCUGUUUUCUUCCUGCCUUCCCGCC